GUUAGAAAUCGUCCUCGCAGCCUCGCAGGCAGUAAAUAGCUAUAAGUUGGGUUGGCUAAAUUAUUUUAAUCUCCAUCUUACUAAAAUCCAACUGCUUUGCUUCAAAUCGGGUGAUAUAUCCGGUGUUAGGGCUUCAUUUUGUCUCCAUCGUCUCGAUCUCCUCAGCCCCCAUCCCCUGCCCUAUAUUUAACCCUUUUCUCCAUUUCCAUCUUUCUCAUCAAGUUUUCCCAUCUCUUAAAUGUUAGCAUACUAGGUAGUUUAGUACUAUGGGUGCUGAACUUGGCCUUCUCUCCUUGACCCAGCUUCAAAAAUUGGCACAGUCCCAACAAAACAAUCAAAAUCGGCAUCAAAUCAACCCUAGUACUUUUACCCCUGCAGGUGUGUGGAUGUGGAACAGUACUAUGCAACCCCACGAAGACGAGGAUUCAUGGGAGGUAAGAGCUUUUGCAGAAGACACUGGAAAUGCCAUGGGAACCACUUGGCCACCGAGGUCUUACACGUGCACCUUUUGUCGGAGGGAGUUCCGGUCGGCUCAAGCUCUAGGUGGCCACAUGAACGUGCACCGCCGUGACCGGGCGCGGCUCCACCAAGCGCAGCCUAAUCCCAGCAGCAGCAGUCCCACCUCACCUUCCACUUCCUCAUUUAUAAUCCCAACUCAAGAAUUUGUCACCAAUGGCGGAUUGUGCCUGCUCUACCAAUUGCCAAGCCCUAGCGGUGCUGCCUUCUCUUCAACACCAAUAAAUGCAUGCAUUGAGUCUCCUUCCACUCUUCUCUCAAUCUCACCCUCUCCACCCAACAACUUAAUGUCUCCUUGCUCUCCCUCCAUUAACUUCCCACUGUCCGGGUCACCAGGCACUAAUUCUUCUCGCUGUUACUCUAACAAAGCGAUAGAACCUUCACUAACCAUAGAUAAUGGCGAUGAAGAUCUUGAUCUUGAGCUUCGGCUAGGGCAGAGACCGACGACAUCAUAAGAAGCAAGAAAAAUGGAACAGAGUGCCAUUGAUAUGUAAGAUACAGCCUUUCAUGGAAUUUGUCUGAGAAUUUUUUUUUAUAUAUUUGUUUUAUUUUCAUUAUUCGAUCGAUGAUUGACAUUUGGUUUGUGCGUGCGCGUGUGCGUGUGAUGUAGAAAAGGGUGCAAAUGAAAGAAAAAAAUGGAAGCCAAAAAGAGCUAAGCACCAUGUUAUAAAUUCCAAGAAACCGAAAAGAAAAAUUAUUUGAAAAGAGUAGUGAUGAAAGAAGAUUAGGGUUUUGAGUAAUGGACCGGUAAA